AAACCAUCAAGAAACGGUGGCAGUGGCAGCCAUGACAACGUGCCUCAACGAAACAAAACAAAUGCCAGGCAGAGAGAAACACACACCACCAAUCGAACACAGGUGCAAGAGUGCGAGUAUAAUGCGGCUAUUCAAAUACGAGUAGGGUUCCUUUAAAAAUAGAAUCCACUGUCGCAUUUAUGGCAUGGUCCCGUGCCAAGCGAACUGUGUCAAUGAGGGAGAGUGCCUUUGGCCAGUCGAGUCGAGGCAACCAAAGGUAUCGGUUCGAACCCAGAGAGUCCAAGAAAAAGGCCAAGAAGAAGGAAUACCUCAACAGUCAAACACCAUGUUUCCGCAGGCAGAGCUGGAGAACUACAAGCUGCAGGUGGAGUUGCUUCAGGAGAAGCUGCAACGCAGUGAGGAUAAUCGCCAACAGUUGGAGCACAAGUUGGACAAAAUACUUCAAAAGCGCAGCGACCUCGACAAGUCCGUGCGCCUCAAGAGCCGUCAGAAGUACCAGGAGUUUCUCGAGGAGCAGACCGUUCGCAACGAGCGGAACAAGAAGCUCAUCCAUAUGCUGGAGCGGAUUGAUGAGCAAACCGUUGCCAUGUCGCAGCGCAGCGAGAGGCUUAAGAUGAUGAAGCUGCAAUAUCAAAUGUACUUUGCGAAAUUGGUCCAGAAUCAAACAUUGCGUUGCAUACAACAGCAGGCGACGCAGGCGACGGCCCCAAGUGGCGCUGGAGUUGGAGUUGGGGCAGCGGCAGCGGCAGUGGGUGGCGGCAUGCCCAUCCAAGUGCUGGUGCCACCCCAAGCAGCAGCGGGCAUGCCAACACAGCCAAUGGCUGCAGCAGCAGCUCCUCCACAAUGGACCCUUGCCAUGGCCACACCCACACAUGGGGGCAUGCUGCUGACGCCCCAGUUCGCAACGCCAAGUGCAGGUGCACCUCCUGGCGCUCCUGGUCCCAUGCCCAUGCCUCCGCAGGGCCUGUACUACCCAGAGAUGUAUGGGGCCACGGGAACAGCUCCACUUGGCACCUCCAACUUGUUCGAUCUGCGCGCCACAUUGCGCGCCUUUGAUAAUGAGAAUGCCGAUUUGCCGGAGCGCAUGACUCACUUCAACGCAGCCACAUCCAGCCAGGCUGCUCUGACAGGCGAUUAUCAGGCAGAGGCGAGUGGCAGGGCCACACCGGCAUCGGCAUCAGCAUCAGCAGGAGGUGGAGGUGGAGGUGGAGGAGGAGCUUCCACGACAACAUCCAGUUUGGUGGCAGGCCAAGACAAAGGUGCACGGCAACUGAGCAGCACAUCCUCGACACUGGCAACAUCGUCGUUGACAUUUGAUAAAUUGCCAAAGACGUCCUCCUCGAUGACGUUAACGGAGAUGCCACUGACGACUCUUGCAUCCACUGCUGUCGAUGACGUUGGCGGGCAACCGCAAAUGGCAGGAGCUGCAGCAGAGAGAGGCCGGGAGAUGCGUAGGAGCUGGAGUCGAGAGCAGGAUCACGAGCACGAGGGGGUGGCAGACAUGGCUGCCUGGACAAAUUCACGCGUGACUAAAGUCGAGUAUGAAAAAUCACCAACUGUCGUUGGCCAUAAUGAGCCCGGCCAGAGACAGCCCCAUCCACAGCAGCAGCAACAGCAGCAACAGCAUCACAAUUUUGAAGCGUACUUUGGUGAGCUGAAAAUCGAUGAGCCCUGGCAGCCAGGAGCAUCAGCAUCACCAUCACCAUCACAAUCCAUGGGACGAACAGCCAGCCCGGCCGGAGACAGACGCCAACAAAACGUGCGUCCCGGUGAGGGGGGCCAUGCAGAUGGAGGUGAGGGCAUAUCCGUGGGAGCCAAAGUUUGCCUCACCAACGAUUUGCUGGACGAAGUCAUAGCCAGUCGUGCGGCACUGGCAAAAGCAGCGGCUGCGGUUGAUGAGCAGCUUGCGAGAAGUAAUCAAUUGCCGCCGCCAGUCGGCAACAACGAACACGCGGCCGCCGCCGCCGCCGUCGCCUCUUCCUCCUCGUGGAACCCAAAGCCCGGAGUGUCGAUUGAGAAUAUUGAAAAUGCCAUUUACGGCGAACGUUUGACAGGAACUGCGACAGGAGCAGCAUCCCCAGCAGCAGUACCGGCAGAACCUGUGACACGAGCACCAACGCAGGGAUUUUUCGAGAAUUUGGGAGCCAAUACAUCUCCGCAAGAGCAGGCAGACCAACACACACUAGAAAGGAUAGAGGAGGUGCAGAGGGAGAGUCAGCCGGAGCCAGAGGUCACCGAUUAUGGCCAAUACGAUGCCAGCAGUUAUGGCGAAUCCAGCGAGCCCAUAUACGCCAGCAUUGAUUCCGCCAGCCAGCAGCAACAGCAGCCACCAGGCGCACCGGCAGAGCCGCUUUAUAGCGAAAUCGGAAAUCCCACAGACUAUCAGCAGUAUGCAACGGAUGCCAGUGCAGAGGCUGGAGCUGGAGCUGAAGCUGGCGCUGUAGCAGGACCAGAAACAGAUGCUGCUGCUGGCGGUCCUGGUGGUGCUGAUGGCGACGAGGCGGGCGCAAUGCAACAGGAGUACUCCAAUAUUGAUUACGGCAACUACGAGGCCGGACAGUACGCGGCCGGCUAUGAUCCCAAUGCCUAUCCGGGCUACAUAUACGAUGAAGCCACAGGCCAGUACAUAGCCGAUCCCAAUGCCGCUCAGUACGCGCCGGAUGGCAGCUAUGCUGGGCAGGAAUACGAUGGCAGUGCCGCGAACUACGACUAUGGGUCUUAUGCCGAACAACAACAGCAGUCGCCGCAAGAGGAACUGCAACAGAUGCAGGCACAGGUGCAGGAGCAGGGACAACAGGAACAGCAGGAACAACAGGAAGCGUAUCCCAUGACCAAUGACAAUGGCCAGAGUGGGAUGGAACUGGAGCAGAGCCAGCAGCCCCUGGCCAUCACUCCAGCUGCCAUAGCACCGCCCGUCGAGACGAAAGUGGAACCAACAGCCGCCAUCACAACCACCACACCCGUCGGCGUCGCCUCAAAGCCUGUCAAGCCCACGUCGAUACUCUCGACGACAGACAAACAAGCAGCGCCUAAUGAUGCGCAGCAGCAGCAGCAGAAGAAGAAGAAGCGCGUUAAUUUCGUUGACAGCAGCGAAACGGAUGAUAGCUCAAGCGCGAAACCAGCCCCGGCCGCAGCUUCAGCGACAGGCCCUGCCCCAGCCCCGGCCCCGGCCCUGGGUCCCACUUCUGGACCACCUACAGCAGGAGCAGGAACUGGUGGAGCCACAACCACAGCCGCAGGCGGCAGCGAGAGUGAUUUCGAUUUUUCAACGGGCAGCGAGGCGAAGAAUUAGAACAAGCUGAAAACAGUUGGAGCUCUAAUUUGUUGCCAUUUGGGUUAACCAAUGAGCGCCCAAUCGCGCGACCCAUUCAAAGUGAACGAACGACCGCCUCGCCUCGAUUUAUAGCCAAUGCAUUUUUCACUUCACUUCCGCAAAAAAAAGCUGCAAAUCAACGAAAAAGAGAAAGCUUCAAAGCCAACAAAAGUUCUCUCUUUUGUGCAGGGGAGAAAUGCUAACACAAAUAGUGGGACAGCGGAAACGGAAAUGGAAGAAACUCAAUCAACACCAAAGUUGCUGUUGCUGUUGCUGUUCGAAGGAGGCAGCAGAAAAUUCAAAAAAAUAUCUGACAGUUGCUUAAUUCAAUUAUCUUAGAUGCUUGAAAAUGAAUAUAAAUAAAUAUUUAGUCAAUCAAUUCAAUUUUGUUCCCUCAA